UGUAUAUUUCUAGUCAAACACCGACCCCUAUUACACUAAAAAGAGAAGAUGAACACUGUAACUUACUGCGCUCUCGCCGCCGUAUGCUUGACUUACGCAACGACACAGGGAGUUCCAGGCGGGGCGUCACCGAUUGGCACAGAUGACGUUGAGGUGCAGGCCGCCGCUGCUUUUGCAAUUGGGGAACUGGGUUCGGAGUAUUUCUUAGUAAAACUGACUAAGGCCUCCCGCCAGGUUGUUGCGGGCUCCAAACACAUCUUGGAGGCUAACGUUCGUCGAGACAUGGCAGACGGAUCCAAGAAGUUCUAUACUUGUACACUGGAGACAGUGACGGCGGAAUGGAAGAACUACAAGGAGUUGACCAAGAUGUGUUGCGACCUGACCACAAUAACCCCAGCCUAGCUCGUCGUUUCCAGGAAAUAAUGAACAAAGGGAAUUCGCUAAAGUUACAUCAAACAUCAAUAAAAAGAGACAAUUAAUAUUUACCAUUGUUUCUUUUGAAUCAGAUGUAAAUAAAUACCUUUGUAUUUCAGAAAAAUUAACUCAUAAUGAUUUUGAAACGAAUAAAUAAAA